AGUAUGGAGUCCUAACCACUGGACCACCAGGGAAUUCCCUCUUUCUAUAGUACUUUAUUGUCCAUAGCAUUUUGUAUUUUCUCAUAUUGGUACGUAACUUUCAGUUUUGUCUCUGUAGGAAGAUUAUACAUUCCUUGAGGGUGGAAAUCAUAUCUUUAUUUCUUAGAAAUCUUAUAGAGACAAAUUAUCUAGCUCAGUGCUGUGUGAGGAUAGUAGCUCAGAAAAUGUUUCCUGAAAGAGUGCAUGAACCAAAACUAAAAUUCAGGGAGGGAAGUGGGUUGGGGGAGAAUUCACAGUUAAAAGGCUACAAGAAUUUUCCAAAUUAUUGAGUUUGGUGAUUGUUUCUUAUAGCUUCUUAGCUGUUGACAUGUGAUAUGUAAAUAUCAGCUUUCUAUCACCUUUGCCAUCUAGAAAAUAGAGAUUAGGUCCGUCAUUAGCUAUUUAAGAACUAGGUUUUAAUUAUACAAGUAAUAUAUAAAUAUUCAAGUAAAAAAGUAAAAUACUAAAGUCUCCCCUUGUCCUCUCAGGAUUCCCCCGCAGGUUAUGACAGUCAUCAAUUUUGCGUUGUAUUUUUCCAGACCUGUUCUUUGUGUUUAUAUAUGUAUUGAAAAUGUAUGAUCAUAAUUAUAUAUGUAUAUAUGUAUGGUCAUAACACAUAUAUUGUAUGUAUUAUGUAUGGUCAUAAUUAUAGCUUUUAUAUGUAUGGUCAUAAUAAUAACUUUUAGAUCUUGGGGGAAUCUUAGACAUCACCUAAUCCCUGUUCUCCAUCCCUUCCCUAUUUUGUAAAUGAGGAAACAAGUCCCUGGUUAAGUGGCUUGCCCAAAUUAUCACAGCUGGUUAUUGACAGAACCAGGACAACAACCCAGGUCUUUGGACUCAAGACAGUACUCAUCUUACUAGAGCAAAUGAUAUUCUUAAGAAAGUAUAAAUUGUUGGGAGGAGGAAAAUUAGUUCCUUAGUUGCAUAAUUUUUCCUCUAAAGAUUUUUCUUUGAUGUUCUUGACUCGAAAUCCAACUUUGUGGUAUUUAAAAAAAAUCAAGAUCAAAAUUAAUAGAUGGAGCACCUUAAAGCAUAAUGCAGUUGACUUUGUAAUUAGCAGAGUUGAAAGUGAUGAGAAGAUCCUCUAAUUUUCUUUGUGCCUGCAGGAAGGUGGGAGUCAGUCAUUUUGACAACUCUCCUGAAAAGAACAGCUAGCAGGAGCUGAACCCUUUUUCCAUUUGGUCUCGUGGCAAAGGCAGAGAUCACACCAGCAGCUCCACACAAUAUGCCGUGCUCACUAGUGCCCUCUGAACAGUCUUCUGGUACCUCUCUUUUGCCUGAAGACAAUGCCCCAUUUUCUUGGGAUUCCUUGGAUGAGGACGGAUUGGAUGACUCCUUGCUGGAGCUGUCUGAUGGGGAAGAUGAUGGCCAUUUCAGUUUCACAGAGGAAGAGAUUCAGGAACUCUUGAAGGAUGAUGACCUAUCAAAUGAGCACUUUUCUUGGGGAGGAGGCUUGCCUAACGAUGACAGCAGGAAUGUUGAGAAGGGAGGGAAAGGGAGUCAAAUUCCACUUGAUACUCCCCAAGAGAAAAAUUCAUUGUACAGCUUGGGACCAGAAGCUGAGACCACUAGCCUCUUCAAACUACCUCAACUAAAUACAUCAGUUGGUCAUGGACCAACUCCUACUAAACCAUUGAACAGACGCUUUGCACUAGAAAAGAAUCUUAUAAAAGUUACAGUUGCACCAUUUGAUCCAACAGUUUGUAAUGUUGUACUUGAUAAGGACAAGACUGAUACAUCCAAAGUUACUGAAAAACCCUCCUCCCUUGGAGAAGAGAUGAGAGAAGAUGGUCUUAGCCUAAAUGAGAGCACAAUUUGCACAGAAUCUGAAGGGAUCAGCUUCAGUAACUCUGCCUAUGAUGGGCCCCCACUCCCUUCUUCAAACAGUAACUUUCAACAAACUGUCUCUGAUAAAAAUAUGUCUGACAGUAAGAAACCUACACCUGUAUUCUCUCAGAUCUUGGACCAUUCAGAGACUCCUAAUACGGGGUCAGCCUGGAGAAAUGGAUCACAUAAAUCAAGUUUUGAAAUGAGGUUUCCGGUUGUUUCCAGUUCAUCAAACAAAGAUGUUCUUGACAAGGAUUCUGGGAAGCUGAAGGUCCAUGAAAAAAGACUAGGCAAAGUCAUUCCUGUUCUGCAAACCAAAACAAGGACUAAUAUUCCGACGUUUUCACCAUCAGAUCUAGAAAAGCAGAAGCAAAGUUAUCUCAGGAAUGUCAUUGCUCAUAUAGAAGACCCAGUGGACUCUAACCAAGGUACCUUGGGGGAGCUGUGUGCCUUGAUGGGUCAAGUUCAUCACAUGCAGAACCCCAAAUGGCAGCAUCCUUCGGACCUCACCAGGCGAAACUACGCCCGGUUCCGACAGAAGUCUCUGCAAAGAUACAGUCUGACUCAGUGGGUUGACCAGAACAUGCGAAGCCACCAUCGGUUCCAGCGUCUACCAGAUUUCCCGUACAGUCCAUUUGUCUCCUCCCAUCAGCAGUGAAGGUCCCUAUCCAGGGUCCUGUCCAGAGCAGCGUCUCAUCUUCUGCUGUUUUGUGCUUUGUAGAUUUUGAAAUUUAUUUUUCACAACAUUUUAAUUUAAAGAACUCGUCACCUUUAGGAAAUGCCCAUUGCUGACUUGAAAUUUUUUGUAUAAGGUCCUUCCUGUUUAUGUGUGUGUAUGCAUUUAAGCAGUGUUGAGUUGAUAAUAGUUUUAAUUUUUUAAUUUAAAUUGAAGGUGGCUGCCGCCUGAAAGCCGGCAUUAAGUCAAAACACCCAGAAUCAAGCAAAACACCCACCUCUAUGCAGAGGUGAAGUCUACUUCUGGUGCCCAAAAGAAAUCAUCUUUUAAUCUCCUAUGAGGAAGGGAUUCUUUAUCAGGCUGCAAGCCAGUGUUAAUUAUUGCUGAUGACUUAUAAAUGGAUACAAGUCACUUUUAACAACGCCUCUUACCUUUUUUAUUUGAAUCUCCGAAUACCUGUCAGUAUUUUAAAGUUGGUAAUCCAGGACAUCUGAAGUAGUUGAAAGGACAAAUUAGAAGUGUAAAUCUUUUCUUCUUUUUGUACCUACUAGCUGCCUUUAUGUUUUGGCUUUUUUUUUUUCAUUUUUCAUUAAAUUUAUUUUGCACAAUAGUGUUUACAAAUCGUGUACAUCUUAACUCUAACAGAAGACUGGUGACUAACAACCCCUGUUGAUUUGUGAUCUUGUGACUGUCUGCCUUCUCUGCCUUUCUUCAAGGAUAUUCCUUCUUUUUUCCCCAGUGAACUUAGGGCUCUACCGGCAUAUUCCUGUAUCCUGUUAGACAUAGAUAUGCCUCUUAAGAACAGCCUUACUGUGCUCUUUAUUGAAGAGCCACCCACCCAGAGUCUUGACUCUAGGACAGGCCAGAAAGCAGUGCUAUUGAGAGGUGUCAGUUGGUCUUCAGUUUCAUCUGCUGAACUCCAGUUCAAGUAUGAGUUGACGUGUUAGUGAGCUUCCAUCCUGUGGGAGAGACUUUGGAGAAGCUGUCUUUUGUCUCCAUUAUUAGUUAAUAAGAGGUGCCUUUUGAUCCAGCAUCUCCUUACUUGGUCAAACCUCUGAUGUACAGUUUUACAAAACUACUAAAGUGAAUCUAAAAUAGUUUUGAUUAAGCCUGUGCACAAAGCAUUUCCUGAUCUUAAGGGUAAUGCUAUAUGCAGCUAUCUUAACGGAUGUCUUAGGAGUUUGUUAUUCUCUUUACAGACAGCUCUAGACAUCUAUUGGGAGAUUUUGCGGUCUGGCAUUUGUGCUGUUGUUCACUCUGUGUGACGGUUGUACCUAGUUGCUAUAGCACAGCCUGUGAUACUGGGCUCAUUGCCUCUGUCUGGUUUUGUUGUUCCAUCAGCCCCAUCUUUGUAUGCAAGUAACCCAUCUUAAACAUCCUACCCUGCUUUAGAAACUGACUUGGGAGAAACUUGGUCAUAGUUACCAGUAAACUUAGAUGGAUAUCCCUAAGUGUUAACUAUUUCUAUCCAGUCAAGGAUUCUCUUUUCCUUCGACAUUUGGUUUAGAGUCUGGGACCAAAAUGCAAAGGAGAAGUUCUGUUCAAAGGCAAGAGUCAAAAUCUGUUAUUUCAGUUGGCAUUUCCUUUAUCAGUCACUUCUCCAGGUUUCCAUAAAUUAGUUUGAUGGAGUGGGACAAACAUCCACCUUUGGAACUAUAGCAUAGUUAGAAUUAAUUGUUGCUGGAAUAAUUAGCAUUGCAGCUGUCUUGUUCCCCACAGAUAACCAAGGAGUAAAGGGACAGCCUUUUGCUUAGGCAAAAGUCUAAGACUCAUGUUCUUGCCUCCCUGGUACAGGAGGGUUUAAGACUGAUGUGUAAUGGGAGCAUCGCCUUUGCCAAAUCAAAUGAGUGAUGGGUUAACGAGAAAAUGUGACAAUCACAUUUCCUCUUUGCUCAAAUAAUUCUGUUUUUCAAGCUUUAGCAGCUUAAUUAAAUCUGUUGGACUGGGGGAGGAGAGAACUGUUCCCUGGCGGUUAACAUGGUAUUCUUUAAGAAGAAAAACAAAGCCAAAGAAGACUCAUUAUCAGGCAUGUUCACCUUAAAGAUGGUAGUGGGUAGAAUCUGGAGUUUUAAUCUGUUUUUAAAAGCUACAUAUCUCACAUUUAGUGUUGGCCUCUAAGUCUAAUUUUCAUGUAGAAUUCUUGCCCUGUUUUAUUUACAUAAGCGUUGUGUGCAUUUAACUGCCUACCUAGCUUUCUUUAUCUGUGAUGACAUUCUCGCCACGGGGGUCUUGACAAUGCAGAGUAGGAAUGUGCUGUUUACAUAGUUUACUUGUAUAUAAAGAGCCUGAAAUAACCUUAGUUUUGCAUCUAAUGCAGGCCCCAAUUUACUUUGGUUGUUGUCAGGAUCAAUUAUGAAAGUGAAGUUUUGUGCCUCCUCUUUAUCAUGUAUUUCCCCUUGUAGCAGUUGUGUUUAAUGUCAUUACGAAGAAAUAAAAGUUCUUGUCGGUG